CUAACACCCUGUAUAAGCGCUGUGUGAAAUUGUCUAAAGAUGUUUAUUUUUGUCCCCAGGAUAGCGUGGUGGGCGGUGGGCGGGUCCCGCUGCAGUGGGCGGGCGGGCGACCGCCUGGCAGCCAUCAGAGGCACGCAGCCGCGCGACUUGCAGCACGCAAGACAGCUGUUUAAGACGUCUCCCACGCCUAUCGUCGACAUAUUAUUUCACCGGGUGCCCCUAGCCAAAAUCUACGUGCUAACCAAGAAAGAUCGCGAGAGUAUAGGUAUAAAACUAGACGUCGAAUGUAACAUAGUAUCGGUUGAGAAUCAAUCGCCGGCGGCGCGCGCCGGAAUACCGCCGCCCGGGAAAUGGGCCGUCACCGAGGUCAACAACCGACCUAUUAACCUGAUCAAGGGUGGCGACGAAGAAAUGAACAGACUAUGUAUGCACGGAACCGAAGUAUCUGUGCUCAUACAACCGUCGGCUCUAGUCAAAAAACUUCGCGCCGCCAUCAAGGCAAACAAGCACCUACUAUCUAUGAGGUAAAGUUCAUAUUCGCUUGCUGUAUUCAGAGUCAGGUGAAUGAGUUAGAAUUUGGGAUAGUGAUCGAGGAAAAGUACAUCGCUGUAUAAAGAAUAUAAUAGUGUAAAUUGAAGCAAAGAAAUUAAAAAUUGAAAGGAAAGUAGGUUUUUACGAAAUUGUACUUUGAUUUAAGUAUACACAACAUUGUUUUUAAUAAAAAAUGUUUAGUGGGUGACUAUAGUCAUAAAAAAAUACUUAAAAAGGAAUAAAUCGAAAAAAAAAACAUUUUACUGUCCUAUACUAUGUUAACAGUUAAAUAAAAGUAUGUGAAGACAACAGUUUGCCUUUGUUUUUUAUAAGAAGAGCAAAUGUUAAAAGGCACUAAAAAUACUCAAAUUUUAAAAAUUAGGACCGACUAAUAUUUUGGUAAGUAUGUUUUUUAACA